AUGGGAUACUCAGUGAGAGAGGAGGUGUGGUGGGUGAUGGCCAUAAUCAUAUUCAUAUUAUUAGGGUUUAAUGGAGAAGCUGAGGGGUGCUUGAAAGAAGAGAGAGAAGCUCUUCUGAAAUUGAAAGAAGCUUUCAAUUUUCCAAAUGGCUCUUCUCUUACUUCUUGGAAUAACCAUACCUUCUCUGCAGAUUGCUGCACUUGGGAGGCUGUGAAGUGUGACAACUCCACUCAUAGAGUCAUAAGCCUUUAUCUGAGCGAUACAAGAGCUUAUGAGUUGAGACACAUCAAAUGGUCACUCAAUGCUUCUUCUUUUCUCCCCUUCAUCCAGCUUCAAACGUUGCUUUUGGAUGGGAAUUACUUGUCAGAGCUGUUUGGCGAUAUCAGGUUGGUGAACUUGAAAGUGUUGAGCUUACAAGACAAUAUGUUCACAGAAUUCCCAUAUUUCGACCUUUCUCAUUCACGUAAUCUGGAUUUGCUGUUGCUUGAUGGUAAUAACUUGGAGGGCAGUAUUCCGGAAUCUAUUACGUCUCUUACUUCCCUCACCGUAUUGACAUUAUCUAAUAACCGCUUGAAUAGAUCAUUGCCACAACAAGGAGGCCUAUGCAAUUUGAAGAAUCUUUCAUUCUUGGAUCUUGCCGUUAAUGAAUUUGAGGGGCAACUCCCUCCAUGCCUUGGCAAUUUGACGUCCUUAUAUACGCUUAAUAUUGAAGUAAAUAAUUUUGAAGGAACCUUUCCUUCCUCACUCUUUCAUUCUCUGAGGUCUCUAACAGCACUUGUUCUUUCCGACGACAAUUUCAACGGCUUAUUUUCACUCUCUUCGCUUGCCAACAAUUCCAACCUCAAAGUCUUUUCCAUUUCAUGCUCUAACACCAAUCUCAAGCUUGAAACUGAGAAUCCCCCAUUUAUCCCUUCCUUCCAGUUGAGGGUUUUCACAAUCGGCAACUGUACUUUAAACAAAGCCAAUGCUAAAAGAAUACCUACCUUUCUUCUUCAUCAAUAUGACUUGCUAAAUCUAGAACUUAGCAACACAAACAUUUCAGGGGGCUUCCCGUCCUGGCUUUUGACAAACAACACAAAAUUGAGUGAUUUCAAUCUGACCCACAACUUGUUCAUUGGUCCCUUUGAACUCAAUUCCACCUUAAAAUUGCUUCAAAUGGAGUCUUUUGAUAUUUCCUCUAACCCCAUUAGAGAUGACAUACCUUCUCAUAUUGGCUUCAUUUUUCCCAACUUGAUCUCUCUUAACAUGUCUUCAACUUUAUUGCGAGGUUGCUUCCCAGCUUCAAUAGGUGAAAUGAGACAACUGAAUGAUCUUGACUUGUCAAAUAAUAAUUUAUCUGGUUACUUGCCCCAAGAAUUUGGUCAAGGCAACAAUGAAUUGAGGUUUUUGAAGUUGUCAAACAACCACUUAAGCGGCCCAUGUCUUCCCAUAGGAUCAAAUUUCACAUCUUUGUUGUUUUUGGAUCUCAACAACAAUAACUUCAAAGGAAAGCUUGAAGGUGGGGUCAUGAAUAGUACUGAAUUAAGAAUGUUGGAUAUUAGUGCCAACCAACUAUCUGGUGAAUUACCUAGCUGGAUUGGAAACCUUCAACAUUUGAGUUACCUCAUUUUGUCAAAGAAUUCUUUAACAGGUGAGGACCCGUACAAACAUCUGAAAUCUCUCUCUAUGGUAUGUGCUAGCAUGAAGCCGGUUGGGGCUAAUCUGGAUGAGGUUCUUUGGAAGACCCCAGAUAAGGGGAUGUUAGAUGCUGCUUCUGGGGGUUCUCUUAUUGAUUUAACUGCUGAGGAGGCAUGGGAACUUAUCAAGAAAAUGGCAUUGAACCCAUCAAUUGCUGCUUUGACUACACAGUUGAAUAAGCUUGCAUCUCACACUCCCCCUGUUGGAACACCUCUCGACUCCUAA